CAUCACACAGCAGGUUAAAUGCACGUAGUGACACAUGCUUUGUGUGGGUGUAGAACGACUGACUGCAUUCUACACUCAGUCAGUGGACAGAGUACAGGUUAGUGACAAAUUCAACUGACGUUGUCGUCGCAUCUUCAUCUCCGAGUGCUACCCUUCUUGACGUGUGAGGAGGAGGGGGCAGGUUUCCAUAGCUAGGAGGGGUAAAUAAAUUAGUCAUGGCUAGUGGUGUGGUGCAGCUUGCAGUAAGCCUUAUGACUGGCUUAGUGUUUGGAUAUGCAGUGGAAAAGAGCAGAGUGUUUGAACCUCGAUCAAUCCGGAAUCAGUUCAUCUACUCUCGUUUCAUCAUGAUGAAGAUGUUCCUUUCUGCCCUUACUACAAGCAUCGUCUGCUUUUGUUUCCUCUCUACGAUUCCAAUGACCCGGAAGUACUUCACUCGCAUCCGCAAUGGUUACAUGUCUUGUUUGACUCGCAAGGGGGUGUUGAUGUCAGUUUGUGGGGGAGUCAUGCUGGGUGCUGGGAUGGCGCUCGCUGCCACGUGUCCGGGAAUAGUCUUAGCCCAAAUUGGAACAUUGGUACCUAAUUCAAGUUACUGCCUCGCUGGUUGCUUCUUCGGAGUUUUCUUAUACGCAUUAACAGACUCUUCACUCACUAAGUAUUUUGAGACAUCACCAAGCAAAGAGCAAACUAAGCCUAUUGAUGUGUACUUGGGUAUUCCUUACCCUGUGCUUGGUGUUACCAUGGCGAUAUUGACGUCAUCGGUGGUCUUUGUUAUCGAGUUAUUAUUUCCCUGGCAGACAGAAAUCGAGGGUUUAAAUCUCGGUAAUGAAGGAUCUUUGAUGUCACAGAGAGCAUGGCCGCCAUACUUGGCAGGUACUUUGAUCGGUGCAUUGCAAGUACCAGUCAGUCUCCUUGUUGGUGAUACACUCGGAGGAAGCCAGAGUUAUUGUACUUUACUAUCGCAGAUGUUGGUAAUUAAGAAACUACAGAGGAAGUUACCUUACCUUAUGCAAUACAGACACGGGGUAGAGAACUGGUGGCAGGUACUUUUCGUAUCAGGGGCCGUAGGUGGCGCUUAUUUUUCAGCUGUCUCGUCCAGCUCUCUCGGCCUCGCUGUGGGUAUAGCGCCCUCUUCAGCUUUCUUAGGAGGAACUCUUAUGUUGUAUGGAGCAAGAAUGGCAGGGGGCUGUACCAGCGGACACGGCCUGUCUGGUUUCGGCCUCAUGAUGGCGCUCUCCAUGGUAGCUGUUCCAGCUAUGUUUGGUGGUGGCACUGCGAUGGGAUUCUUAAUUCAUUACCUUGGAAACGAAUCAUUGCUGUGAUAACUUGACCUUGCUUUGAAGAUGUAAAUAAUGAAAAUAAAUGAUAAUUAGCCUUGACUUCAGAUUGGUUAACCCUUCCAGCUCGUGCACUUCAAAAUGUUUUGUUCACAAUAUUGGAUUGCCAUUUACUCUGACGUCAUUGCAACCAUGGGUCAGUAAUAACAGUAUCAGUCUAAAGGCAUUUUGUUAAAUGUAGCAUAAAACUCAAACCACUGCAUGAUGACAAACUGACCAUAACAACAAUACGGACUAAUCAUUAUUCUCAUGCUGAAUUAAGUUUUCGCAUGACCUAUUUUUAUUUCAUUGUCAAGAAUUAAUUUUCAAAAGCAAAUAAUUUAUUGAGAUGACACAUCCAUCACCCCAUUUUACCCCUUGGGGGAUGAAUCCUAUUGAGAAAAAAACAAUUAAGUUAAAUGCUUCCGAGGUCAAAUCUUUUAUCAAGAACAUUUUGAAAGCCAAUUAACUUGAGGUGUUCCUGAGGCGCCAUGAUGACUUGCACAUCUAUAAGGCUCAGGCGUCACCUUGUUUCCCUCUAAGAGGUUCAGACAAGAAUUGUUGUUCUGUCGAAAUGACAGUUGGAUUGGUAUUUAAAGCAAGCUGCCUCUAAGGAUGAUCUGCUUUAUAGUUUAAUGUAAAACACAUAGGCCUUUGGGUAACUCUAGAAGAAAGUCUCAAUAGUAUUUCAAAUAUUUUUGAAAUUAUUUACACAAAGCUUCUUCUUAAUAAUUAAUAUAAAUUCUAAAAUUCAACAAUGUAUUAUAGCAUUGUAAUCAAUUAACUUUGAAAGUAAUUUGUUUUUUUAGGAUUGAAAAUAAAUGUUUUACUUGCAGUUUUAUUUUAAUUCGUUCAAGGCAGUCAUUUGGUUUUGCCAAUUUAUAUGAGUAAUUUUGUUUAGUCUUGAUUUGAAUGUAACUAUGAUAACCAUUACUGUCUGAAAGUAAUCUCACAAAUCACCGGUUUAUUUAAGAACAACAUCAUCGGAGAUUUGACACAUGUCAUGGUGUUACCGCAAACCUCAUCUGAUAUUGUUCCCCACCGGCUAUUUUAAUCAACCGUCCAGAAUACAAGACUAAUUUUAUAAAUAAUGUCCCCUUUCCAAACACGCCAAGUUAUUAGAUCGAUCUCCUCUAGAUUGGAUACAAGGUUACAAACAUUUCCUUCAUCAACAACAGCUUCGAAAACUAUGCCUCAGGAAAAUGCGUUCUGAUAGGUUCAGGUGGCGAGAUUGAAAUCAAAUAAGAACAGCGUGUGACCGGAACAUGCAAUAAUUGAAGUGAUAAUCACAAAUAAAUUGAAAUCGGUAGUUCUCGUAGGGUUUGAACGAACUGAAUGAUCGAUUGCUUCACUGGAUUGAAUAUUACACAUGGCUUCAGUAGCAGCUGUAUUUAGGUGAGGAAAUAUUGAUUUAAAAAUAAAAACAAUGUAUUGCGUUUCUAAUUUUUUUCUGCACAUUUUGAAAAAAAAUCUCUUGUUGUAAAUUAAAACGAAAGUACGAAUUGAGUAGAAACCUCUAGCUACGCUCAUGCCAAUUUCGCAUGCUGAACAAUACCAACUCCAAGAUUUAACAGAACAUACUGCAAUAUAAAUUUGCACGUCUCUUCAACUGGAGAAGUAAGAGUGGUACUAAUAAAUGGAAGUGAAAUAGGCUGCUUUUGCCGAAAAUAACAGGUAAACAAAUUUGACUACAUGUAUACGUUCUUACGGCUAACCCUCACCGUACAUACCUAAUUUUAAAUUUCACUUAUCUUUGGUCUCAUUGUAUUUUUAUUAGUCUUCCCCGUAUCACCUGAUUGAUUUUUCUUUGAAACCUUCCAAAACUACUCGGCCACAUUUCCCUCUAAAUUGCUUUCCCUUCUCGUAGUAAAACAAUAAUGAUCGUUGGAAACAGAGUGGUUAUUAGGCAUAACAUUGGCGUGACAUUGUAAGAAUACGUGAGACAGUGUGAGAUAAUUAAAGCCCAGUUGAUGGAUUGAUA